UGGCUGGAGAACGGAGCGGUUGUGUGCGGAGCGGCGGCGGCGGCCCCCCUCGUGUCUGUGCCCAUGGCGCUGCCGGUGACGCGCCGUGCCCCUCUCGCUAGAGGGAUGGAGAAUGCUGUGUCUGACCUUAGAAGUAAAGCGAAAACUCAAGUGGCUGGCAAAAGGGCUGCUUUAGAAGAAAUAGGAAAUAAAGUUGCAACAAGAGGAACACACAUAUCUAAGAAAACAGAAUGCCCCAAACCAUCCAUAAAGCCUGUGAGAGGACCUAGCAAGACAGCAAAUGGAACUGUACUGCCCAAAGCUCCAGCUGUUGCAAAUCAAGCAAACAAAGAAACUGAUGUUAUAAAGGUUCCUAUGUCUCCUGUCCCUAUGGAUGUAUCAAUGCAAGAGGAGGAUUUGUGCCAAGCCUUCUCUGACGUGUUGCUUAACAACGUAGAAGACAUUGAUGCCGAGGACUGGGAGAACCCCCAGCUGUGUAGCGACUACGUAAAAGACAUCUACAUGUACCUGAGGGAGCUGGAGCUGCAGCAGUCGGUCCGGCCGCACUACCUGGACGGGAGGACGACCAACGGGCGCAUGCGCGCCAUCCUGGUGGACUGGCUCGUCCAGGUGCACUCGAGAUUCCGCCUCCUGCAGGAGACACUCUACAUGUGUGUGGCCAUCAUGGAUCGCUUCUUACAGAGUUAUCCAGUACCUCGCAAGAAGCUUCAGCUGGUGGGCGUAACAGCACUGCUUGUAGCUUCAAAAUAUGAAGAGAUACUGUCUCCUGAUGUAGCAGACUUUGUUUACAUUACCGACAAUGCCUACACCAGUAAUGAAAUUAGAGAAAUGGAAAUUAUUAUUCUUAGAGAAUUAAACUUUGACCUGGGGCGACCUCUUCCAAUUCACUUCUUAAGAAGAGCAUCCAAAGCUGGAGAGGCUGAUGCUAAGCAACACACUCUAGCAAAAUACCUGAUGGAGCUGACGCUGAUAGACUAUGACAUGGUUCACCACCGGCCUUCAGAGAUUGCAGCUGCUGCACUGUGCCUGUCUCAGAAGGUUCUGGGACAUAACAAAUGGGGUACAAAGCAGCAAUAUUAUACUGGCUAUGCAGAAGACAGUCUUGUGGUGACCAUGAAACAUAUGGCCAAGAAUGUAGUCAAAGUAAAUGAAAAGUUAACCAAAUACACUGCAAUCAAGAACAAGUAUGCAAGCAGCAAACUACUGACCAUCAGCACCAUCCCUCAGCUGAACUGUGAGAUCAUCAAGGAUCUGGCUGCAUCACUCCUGUGAAGCCCUGGGCAGCUAGGGCCUGAAGGGGUGUGCACUUUGUCUGUCUACUGCUUUUGUACAUAGCAUUCCAGCCUCCCACACACUGUUCCGACUCACACAGAAGGUGACAUUUUAAAUUUGCGUUGUAAUACAGCUUUCUAUCCAAGAAUAAAACUCCUUUCUUUUAAAUACUGAGUGUGACUCUUUAAGGUACAACUGUACACGUUUGCAGUGUAAUGUCCAAGUGGGACAUUUGGGAUAAAUAGGUGAUUUAACUGCAAGUUACAAUUGAUUGUUGAUUAUUCUCAGUGGUUGUUUCCAGAGCGAAUCUCCAUGCUUUAUAUCUUGCAUUAUAUUUAUUAACUUAUUUUCACUUUCAACAUAGAUGAGGCAUACAGUGCAUGUUUUUUGUUGUACCUUAAAGAGCACUAAAUAUGUACUUUAUUUCAGUGCCUUGUUUCAAGAAGGUAUACUGGAAUGUAUUUAUUUUUUUGUAGUUAGCCUACAUAUUUUCCAAAAUUUGAAGAUGGCUAUCUUUGUGUUUCUCUCUGUGCUUAGAAAAAGGGAGCUAAGGUAGAAAAAUUGCAAGUCUCCUGUAAUGCUGACAACUGUGCAGGGAAUACAGGUGUGGAACGGUGGGCAUGAGACCUUUUGAAAGCAGCUCAGCCCUUGAAACCUUCUCCACUUCUGAAAAUAACCCCCUUAGGUUUUUCAUUACCUGUUUGCAUGCCCACAUCUUUUUUCCCCUCCCUUCUUCUCCAAUAAA